ACGAACAGGAGGUCUUUGCAUACAUCUGCCAGGAAGCCUAUGUUCUGUUUCAAGGAAUGGCGCUUGCAAUAAAAAGUUUGCGGCACUUAUAUAAAGUAUACAAUGGAAGUAGAGCAAGUGUAUAUUCGGCACUUCGCGUGCCGAUCGUUCGAAUAUCAGUUGCUCAAACGACACAAAGGCAUUAUUAUAACACUGAGACGCAUAGACCAAAAAUAACAGGUAGUUUAACAAAUAUACAAUCUGCUGGAGGAACUGUACAAUCUCUAACACAAGAUGGAUUAGAUAGUAGAAAAAUAGACGAAGAACAAAAGGAAGAAGCAGAAGAGAAAGAAAGACGAGAGCAAUCACAAAGGCUACUUAAAUAUAGUUUUACAUUUUUGGGAGUAUUCACCACUGUCGGAUUGUCCUAUAUAAUAUAUAAUUUAACAAGGUCCAAAUACGAUGAACAUGGAAAUAUUAUUGAAGAUGAAUUUUCAAAUUUACCGUUCUAUGAAAGAAUUUAUAAAAUGCUCAGAAGAGAAUUUACUUAUUACUCUAAGAUGGUUCAAGAACCUAGUAGAGAUAAGUUACUUCCAGAUCCCCUCAAGUAUCCUUACAUUCAGCCACCAUACACUUUGGUAUUAGAAUUAACAGAUGUACUUGUGCAUCCUGAUUGGACAUAUGAAACUGGUUGGAGGUUUAAGAAACGACCUGGAGUGGACCAGUUUCUAGAAGCAGUAGCUCCACCACAAUUUGAAAUUGUUGUAUAUACAGCAGAGCAAGGAAUGACUGUUUUCCCUAUUUUGGAUAUCUUAGAUCCUAAUGGAUAUAUCAUGUACAGAUUAGUGAGAGAUACAACACGUUUUGUAGAUGGUCAUCACGUUAAAGAUUUAGAUGCUCUUAACCGUGAUCUCAGAAAAGUGAUAGUAGUUGACUGGAAUGCGCAAAGUACAAAAUUUCACCCUGAAAAUACGUUAAAAUUACCCCAGUGGACUGGAAAUGACGAUGAUACAACAAUGUAUGAUUUAGCUGCAUUCCUAAAAACUAUAUUAGCAACGAACGUUGAAGAUGUACGAGAAGUUCUCGACUAUUAUAGGCAAUUCGAUAAUCCAUUACAAGUUUUUAGAGAAAAUCAACGAAAAUUAUUGAUGCAAAUGGAAGAAGAAGAAAGUAAAGCACAACAAGAGAGUACUAAAGCUCUUACGUCGAAGUGGAAACCAUCUUUCCGCUAAAUCGUAUCGCAAAAUGCAAUGUUGUAGAUUACAAAACUUGUAAAUUAUUAUUAACAUGUUCAUUCAUUUUGUCAAUGCAUAUUACAUGUAAUUAUUGUACAAUUUUUACUAUAAAUAAAUAAACAAGUAAUACGUAUAUCGAAA